AUGAUAAAGGAGCAUAAUGGCUUAGACUACCACCUACAAGGCCAUCAACGCGACUUGAGCGACGAGGAUCUAAGGAUACUGCGGGAGUCGAUUCGGGAGGCUAGAUUCAAAAAGCUUGACAAGGAUCGUGUGCUCAACAUGCUCAUGCAAAAGACGGUCCAAAACUCGACAGAGGAUGAGGAGGAAUGGGAUGCUGAUUCGUAG